UAAAUGAAAGAGUACUGUUGUGGUGUAUUUAUUUGGAUAGCUAAUGUAUAUUUUCAACGCGAAGCAUCGUUGGCUGAAGCACUAAAACAAAAGUUAGUCUUACACAAGUAACAUUGAAUUUUCAUGAUUCUUGAAGCUUAUUCGGCAUUAGAAAACCCCUUCUCUCUGUUUAUUUUUAAAGUUUGUACAUGUGUCCAGGUAGAAUCGAAACAAUAACAACAGUUUCGUGAAAACUGGGGGAGAGACGGAGAAAAAAAAUCUGCAAACUUAGCAGGAAAAGAGGCCAUCGAAAUCACGGAAACCGCUUCGUCCGUUCCCUCGAGUGCUCAGUUACAGAUGGAUUUCAUAAAUGCCCCGCUGUUGCUGCUACACCUUUUGUGCUAACCGUCUUUUUUCAUUACAAAAACUUUUUCCCUCGUCGUAUCCCUUCGUUUUUGUAUUUACAUUUUCAAAUUGUUUCCAUUUGAUACGUGUUGUUUUGACUCGUUGCCAACAAGUGUGUGUGGAUGUUGCUUAUGGACAUGUUUCCGUUUUUUUAGUUGUCUAAUCAACAACCAGAAGCCUUCACAGUGAAGCGAAAACCGCCAAAAGUUUUUUCUUUUUCAUUUUCCGACGUAAUUGAAUGAAAAAAAUGAACUUUUUCUAGUAGUGCAUAUUUGACCUUGAUAUCUCGUAUACAGAAUGAGUCCAUGUUAUAUAGUGACAAUAUCUGUCAUAUCAAUAUAUGCAAAUUGAUAUUCCACUUUCUUGCUUCUACGUAACACCAACCUCAACAGAUACUAGUAGUUUUAAGUUGCUGGAAACUGCCUUUGUUGUACAAUGGCGUCUGUGGAAUCUCAUAUUCCCCGUUACUGGCAAAUGUUAACGUUGAAUAAGCCCAGCGAGGGUUAUAAUUGAGAAUGCCUGCCAGGAGUUAGCAGGAUUCACUCGUUCCCCCAACGCUUCUGCUGACUUGAAGACUGAAAGGAACAAAAAGUCAAGGAGCAGAGGCUGGCGACCCCUCUACCUGUAACAGGCUGUUGAUGGGUGGUGCUGAAGAGCAGAGUUCCUGAAUAUCCACAUUUUGGGAAAGACAACGUAUUCCACCAAAAUGAAUGAGCGGCAGGCCCUCCACUCCAUCAUGAAGGACCUGGUGGCGCUGCAGAUGACCCGGCGCCAGCCCCUGCCUGGGUACGACAUGGGCCGGCCCAAAACUGCCAGCCCCACCAACAGACAGGAUGAUGUCAGAAUCAAGUUUGAGUUCUGUGGAGAGAGAAGGAUCCUCAUGUUUGGGCGGCCAGUGCAGUUUGAGGAGGUCAAGCAGAAAGUAAAAACUGUGUUUGGCCAGCAGCUGGAUCUGCACUACAUGAACAAUGAGCUGUCCAUCCCUCUGCGCAGUCAGGAUGACCUGGACAAGGCCAUCGACCUGCUGGACCGCAGCUCCAACAUGAAGAGCAUUAAGAUCCUCCUGCUCACCCAGGAGCACAACAACGCCCCAUCCCCCUCCCAUGCCACUGUCUGCAAGCAGGUGCGCAUCAAGGCCUCACAGUCCACUGGUGACGUCAACACAGUCUACCAGUCCUCCGAGCCCAGGGGGCGCCAUCUCUCCACCAGUUCUCAGAACACGGGGCGCAGCUCCCCACCGCCUGGCUACGUACCGGAGCGUCAGCAGCGCAUCGCCCGUCAGGGCUCCUACACCAGCAUCAACAGUGAGGGGGAGUUCAUCCCCGAAACCAGCGACCAGUGUGUGCUGGACCCAUGGAGUAGUGCUGAGAACUCCGUAUCCGGCAGCUGUCAGUCUCUGGACAGCAACUCGGACAGCCCCUCCUUCAGGAAGUCCCGGAUGUACAGAGCCAAGAGUUACCCGGACAAUCGUCAGGAGUACUCGGACCGUGAGAACCAUAUCUACGAAAAGGUCGUGGGUAAAGGAGGGACGUACCCCCGCCGGUACCAUGUGUCCCUGCAGCACAAGGACCACAAUGAAGGCCGGAGGACGUUCCCGCGGAUCCGGCGGCCCCAGGGGAACCUCUUCACCCUGGUCCCAUCACGGCGGGCCCUGAACGACAGCGAGGAGAGCCUGGGCUCCAGCUGGCAGCUGGUGGACGCGCAGGGACGGCUGCGCCCGCAGGACCGCAGCGUACCUCACAAGUCUCCCAGUGCCCCCCUGACCUGGAGGCGGGGCAAGCUCUUGGGACAAGGUGCUUUUGGGAGGGUCUACUUGUGCUACGACGUGGAUACCGGCCGAGAGCUCGCUGCCAAGCAAGUCCAGUUUGACCCAGAUAGCCCCGAGACCAGCAAGGAGGUGAGCGCUCUGGAGUGUGAGAUCCAGCUGCUGAAGAACCUCCAUCACGAGCGCAUCGUGCAGUACUACGGCUGCCUGCGCGACCACAACGAGAAGACCCUCACCAUCUUCAUGGAGUACAUGCCAGGGGGGUCAGUGAAAGACCAGCUGAAAGCUUAUGGAGCCCUGACAGAGAAUGUGACCCGAAAGUACACCAGGCAGAUCUUAGAGGGGAUGUCCUACCUGCACAGCAACAUGAUUGUGCACCGUGAUAUCAAAGGUGCCAACAUUCUUCGGGACUCUGCGGGGAACGUGAAGCUAGGGGACUUUGGAGCCAGCAAGAGGCUCCAGACCAUCUGCAUGUCCGGCACUGGCAUCCGCUCUGUCACUGGCACCCCCUACUGGAUGAGCCCGGAAGUGAUCAGUGGGGAGGGCUAUGGCAGGAAGGCAGACGUAUGGAGUCUUGGCUGCACUGUGGUGGAGAUGCUUACAGAAAAGCCCCCGUGGGCAGAGUACGAAGCCAUGGCGGCCAUCUUCAAGAUUGCCACUCAGCCCACCAACCCUGUGCUGCCAUCCCACAUCUCGGACCACACCCGGGACUUUGUGCGCCGCAUCUUUGUGGAGGCCAAGCACCGGCCCAGUGCCGAGGAGCUGCUACGACACCCCUUCUCCCAGAUCCUGUGCUGAGGCUGGGGACCUACCUAUAGCUGUGCCCCCUGCCCCAUAUACAUGCCAAAAUCUGCCACUUUCUCCUAUGCUGGACUGCUCACAGCCUGGCCUCUAGAGACAGCAGGGAGGAGAGCUUGAGCACACAGACACCACGCAUCUCCAGCUGUCCACACAGGGGGGCGCCAUAAACCUGCACACAUUUCUAGGAGUAGGUAUACAGACUGCUUUAUUAGUAGCAGAAAGGAACAGCUGUGGCUCUUCCCACGCAAAAAGUGGGGUUGUGUCUGAUUUUGACUCCCAUCAUACCUCUCAAGGACAGCCCUACCCCCCUGCCCAUCAAGUGCCUUUUUUACCUGCAAUCCCCAUUUGCUGGGGAUGGGACCUAAUUGUGCUGAAUGUGUCUAUGGGAUGCACCAAUGUACAUAUGUACAUAUUUGUAUUCUUUGCUUCUCUUAUGUAUAAAAUUUCCAAAAUCCAGAACUGUUUGGAGUGUUUGCUCAUGUUUAAAGUGGGCCGCAGUGUUUCCCGGUGUGCAGAUAUCUGCCCUCUUUUUCUGUUCACUGUCCGCACAUCCUUUGAUCAGCUGUCUUUGCUGAUGACACAGCUUUGCACUCCAAUAUGGCAGCCCUCUGAAAUAGUCAGCAGAUGUAUUGAACAUUGUUGAAGUUGAAUGUUUCGUUCUCUUUUCUGUCUUAUUUCUUCCUUUCUAUAAUGUCUUCCUUCUUCCUCUUUCUAGUCCCAUUCCCAUUCCUACUCCCACCCCGCAUGUUUAUUUUGUCACAUUUGGAAAAACUCGAGUAGAAUGAUGGAAUUUGUUUUCAUCUCCACUGUUCGGAUCUUUCUCUUGAUAUUAUUGUUGCGAUCCCUGAAUGCUGACCCCUGAGCCACUGUCAUUCAGGUAUGUGGAAGGCGGUGCCAUGGUUCCUGUGGCUUUCUGCCUCUAGCAGUCAACACAGGGAGAGGGCCUUAUUCCUGGGCUCCUUCAGCCUUACAGCAAGGUGAAUAACUGUGCCUUGCUCUGCGUCACCCUUCACCAGCACUCUUCUGAUUAGCCUUGUGUGGGAGGCUGCUGCUCACCUUCUCAUGAUCCCCUGUUCUCUGUCUCCCUUUCCCUCUCAAGUCUUCUGCACAAGCUCCUACAUGCCAAAGAGUCACAUAGAAAGAUAGGAGAGGAGAGAGCAGCAGAGAGUGCAUUUUCUCCGCUGAGGACCAAGAUUAAGAAAAGCAUUAUGAUGUUAAUGACAGUGUUUACUCUGUACCAAAAAGCACAGCUUCUCUUACAAGUUUCGUAAAGGGUUGUUCUUACACAGUUACUGAUUCAAAGAGCCUCCUAUGUAUUGUGUCUGUGUGAUGAAAGAGGCUCGCUUACUUAGACCAGCCUCUUUCAUGUCAACACACCAA